AUGCCAGAGACCAGAAGUGACGAGGUGUGUCACAGGACCCAGCCGGAGACACGUGUGCUGCCCGAUCCUCUCUCUAUUCUGCUCGUUGGCGAGGGAAAUUUGAGUUUCACGUAUGCGCUUGUCAAGCGGCUUUCCAGCAGCGCGGCAGUCCGGCGUGCGACGCGCAGCGAUCUCACAGAUGGCGUGCGGCGACGCGACACUGUAGUGGAGGUGACUGCGACCACCUUCGACUCUGCAGCGGACCUUCUGCGCAAGUACCCCGAGGCAGGGCGGUAUUUGACGUACUUUGCGGCGAAGCAGCGCGUGCGUGUCCGCUAUUUUGGCGGUGUGAACGCGACGUCGCUGUCAUCUGUUAGUGCCGCGCUGCGAGAUUCCCCCUCCCACCUUCUUAUCUUCAAUAAUCCCCACAUUGGAUUCGAGGAUCUGUACCGCCAGCGUUCCCUCCUCUCGCACUUCUUCCGCAGCGCACGCGACCUGCACAUCGAAGCCCCCACAGUGGACUACCCUCAGGAGGUUGUGGUGACCCUCUGCGACGACCAGGCGCAGCGGUGGGACUUGCUGGGGUGCGCGGCGCGAAGCGGCUACCUCUGCGUCGCGGCGGUACCCCUGCGCUCCGUUGACUUUCCCGAAUACACGAACCGCCGUCAUCAGAGCGCCGCUGCUUUCCCGUUUCGCAUCAUGGUGCAGUACUACUUUGUUGCCCCCCAGGUUGCGCUGCAUGAGGAACUAUGCGGCCUCUCCGCGGAACUGAUGCUGUGGGAGCAAGAGCGCCGCUCACGCGCCGAGGAUGGGUUGCCGUGUAGGUACACCUGCGUGGAGUGGCUGCGUGUGGCAAAGCGGUGCUUCGGCCUUUGUUCCGAAGCUCCUGCUGGGGAGGCUCAACUCAGCGACGCGGCCGCCAGCAGGGCGUGCGCCUCGAGCAGUGACGCCUUCUCGGUCAACAUAACCGGAUGUUCAGCAGAGCAGCCUCUGCCGCUGCUCCACCCGACGCUCGUGGACCGCGUGGUGGGUGCCACAGUGAUGGCUCCUGGCUUUGCCCAGCCGUCGGUGGGCCAGGCAGGGGCGUUCAUGCCGUACCUGCCCCGCUCUACGUGGGUCAGUCUGUACCGCGCGCAGCGCUUGGCGGAGAGGCAGCCACGCUCUCCGUCUGCUAUUCCCGCACCAAAGAACGUGCCUCCGCUGCCGCCACACCUUGAUGCGUUGAGCCUCGGUCGCGAACUCACCUCGCGAGAGAGCAAGAAGCUCGACCGCUACCUCUGUGGUUACGGCCCUGCGAUGAAGGCAAGAGCUGAUCAGCGCCGGCAAGCGGCGACGGAGACGCCCUGUUCAUGGGGCUGUGACAAAUGCCGGCCCCCUCGCAUUUUUGAGACGGAAGACGAUCUGCGUCAGCACCAUGCCGCGAAGCACUUCCUUGCCACUCAGCUUGCGCCGACGCUGUACGCACGUGUGCAGGAACAGAUUGAGACCCCCAUGCAGCGAUUGGAGGAUGCUCUGAAUGACAUGCAUUUACGGCAGAGCGUCGACCAGGGGUACUGCGACGUGUGCGACUUGCAGUUUAAGAGCGUCGAUGCUUACGAGGAGCACCUCCGGUACUUAGCUCCCCUUCCGGUCGACGAUGUGGCGAAUUUGGUGUGCGAUGUGUGUCAGCCAGCGAAGUGUUUUACCGAUCGCCGCGCACUCGUGCAACACCAGGCCACCAAGCACUCGUUGGUGGACUGGCAGACUCGCAAAGGCGCAACUCCAGCAAAACAGUGA